UUUAGUCGUCUUCGCUAUCUUGAACACGCCGUUCGGCUCGACUGCAACCUUAGAAUUUUUCUGCAAAUAUUUCUUUUUUCUCAUCGAACGUGAUCGUAUUUCGUACGAGAAAUUUCGAACGACGAACUGUAUUCAGUGUCGCGAGUUUCGCACUUUCGCUGAUUACUUCCUUGAACGUUCUGACCGAAAUCUUCGUCUCUCGAGCAAUCGACGGAAUUUUCAAGUUUGCGUUGAAAUUAAUUAUUCAGAUUCCUUUUGAAUGUGUCUGUAACACACACGCAAACUGUUUCACUGCUAACGGCAAGCAGCUGUUUCGCUUUUGCGUACUGAGAAUGUUCCUUGUUGCGCCGGUCGACAACAAUCGCUGGGCCUACACGAUGCACGGAUUGGAGAAGCCUAUGGAUCACGUGUCCGCCGGUGGUCUAAUGGCGGGUUCCGUGGCUACUUUGGCGAUCCUGUGGGUCUCCUUGCAAACCAUGGGAUUCCUUGGGAAUUCCCAUUCCAUAGGAGCCUAUAAAUUGCCGAUGUCUUUGCAGAACUAUCUUGCCAGUUAUACAGGUAUCCUUUCAGGUUUGCCGAUAUCGAACUAUCCUUACGAGAGCGUCGUAGACACGAGUCAUUUCCAAAAUCGGAAUUUCCCCCACAUUGACGAGGAAGUCUUGAACAACUCGAUCAGUUUCGCGAAAAGCUUGGUCGAUCGUAUGAGCACCCUCGAAAGGAACAUCGCGAACGCUGGCGUUGAAUUGAUGGCACACACCCCGGCUGGAAAGCAAUUCCUUGAUUCGUAUCCUUCCGAGGAUGCUUUCGAGAGAGGCUUCGACGCCAUCGUGGCGAUGAAAGCUUCGUCCUAUCUCCUUCAUCAGAGCUGUCACAGGUUCGGCUUGGAGAAAGACGAUUGCGCUCGUUACAUAUCGACCCUGUCGCUGCAGGGGACUCCGUUAAGCUCAGCCUGUUCGACAUCUCAGACGAUGGUCUGCAAUCCAAGGGCGAAGUACCGAAGCAUCGAUGGCACGUGCAAUAACGUCGAAAAUCCAAGCUGGGGUAGUGCGAUGACCUCGUACACCAGAAUUCUCUUCCCCCAAUAUUUCGACGGAAUUCAAGAACCGAGGCGUAUGGGGCACACGAAAAAACCGCUACCUGGUGCCAGGAGUGUAAGCGUGGCUUUGUCAACGCCUAAUGGUCUGUCGGAUGUCAGUAGAACGUUGACCGUCGUGCAAUGGGGCCAGUUUAUUGCAAACGACAUCUCUUACACCCCAGUGCGGAAAAUGAUUUCAUCAGGAAAACCGAUAUUUUGCUGUCGCCCAGACGGAAGCACCCUGUCACCUAGACACAUUCAUCCUGACUGUUCUGCGAUUACAGUGCCCGAUCGGGACCCUGUUUAUGGCCAACAUUACGUUCGAUGCAUGAAUUACGUGCGAUCUUUACCUGUUCUCAGAUCAGAGUGCACCUUCGGACCUAUCGAACAAAUGAACCAAGCUAGUCACUUCUUGGAUGGUUCAGCAAUCUAUGGUUCGAACUUGAAAAAAGCUCGUGAACUUCGUACGUUCGAAGGAGGUCGACUACGAGUUCACAAGGACAAUAGCCAUGAAUUCUUGCCAAUCGGAGGCGUGGAAAUCGCACCCUAUUGCUUGGAAGGGUGUUACGAUUCCGGUGAUCACCGUGUAAAUACACAUCCCCAGCUGGCUGUGAUACACACCGUCUGGCAUCGCGAACACAAUAGAAUUGCUGAUCAACUUCUUGUGUUGAAUCCACACUGGUCCGAUGAGACACUAUAUCAGGAAGCCAGACGCAUAGUAAUUGCUGAAAUUCAGCAUAUCACUUACAAAGAAUGGCUGCCCAUAUUGUUGGGCAAAAAGUAUACCCGAGCUAUUGGUGUUAACGGUGGAGGCAGUUAUAGUCACAACUACAACUCUGUAGACGAUCCAGCAGUCAGUAAUGAGGUCGCAACAGCUGCUCUCCGUUUCAUGAUUUCUUUGAUGCAAGGAAAAUUGAGUUUGACGGAUAACUCACGUCUAGUCAACCAAACACUUUCCUUGGCGGAAUACUUCUUUAAACCUAGUGUAAUCGAGUCGGAUGAAGUGUUCGAUGGAUUGAUUCGUGGUAUGGCUACUCAGUCUAGUCAGAAAAUGGAUAUCAGCGUAAUUGAAGAUAUUACUAGCAAGCUGUACGCAACAAACCGAGACAGCCUGGGUUUAGAUGGUAUCAGUUUGGACAUUCAGCGUGGUCGUGAUCAUGGAUUACCAGGCUACAAUCAUUAUCGCAAAUACUGUGGCCUUCCAGCUGCCAAGAACUUUGAUGACUUUUUAGAUUACAUUCCAUUAGAGAUGAUUAAAAAAUUGCGCGAUGUUUACACUCAUCCUAACGAUGUUGACCUUCUUAUUGGUGGAAUGGCCGAAAGGCCAUUGGAAGAUGGACUGUUGGGUCCUACUUUCCGUUGCUUGAUCUUUGAACAGUUCUCAAGAACUCAUCGCACUGACAGAUAUUUCUAUGAUUCGGCGUAUCAGCCAUAUCCUUUCACACCUGCACAAUUAGCGGAGAUACGUAACGUAACAUUGGCAAGAGUAUUUUGUGAUAAUGGUAACAGCAUUACACAAAUACAGCCGAAUGUAUUCAUCAGACCACAAGCAGGGAACAAGCUUAGAUCCUGUACGGAUUUCGAAGCGAUCCCUAGCGUGGACUUAUUCGCCUGGGCGGAAAGGGCCAAGGCUUAUCGUUGAUACUCCCCUUUAAUUGGCUGGUCACAUCGCCGCAUCGAAUUGCCCGGGUCGCUGAACGGGCGUGAUAGGGGGUACAGAAAGACGACAAAAAUACCUUAAUCCGAAGAACGUUGACGAUUGAUCCAAAUCGAAGCUGGGUCCAUGUAUCGUCGACGUGACAUUAGCAAUAAACUAAGGGGAAAAAAAAGAAGGUUCUUGCCGUGAAAUCGCGUGUGUCAACGCGCAGAUGACGAAGGGGGGAUGAAUAAUAAAAGGGCAACGGUACACGCAGUACGCGACGAUUAAGAAACGAACAAGGUGCAGCUGUAAACUAGUGACUAGUCGAUUAAACGAGCACGCCAAAGGGUUGUGUGUUUAACGAACAAAACAAAUCGGUCGGAGAAAAGACAAAUAUAUAAGUGGGGAUGACCGCAGUGUGACAAUUUAAACCCCGUGAAAAAAGUCUUUUUAGAAUAGGUUUACGAAUAGCGUGGAGCAAACUUUGUCGAUGUAUAUGGGAGAAUGAACGUGUCAGAGAAGUUGAAUAACGUAGAUUACGCUGAUCCUUUAAUCUUACGCUUAGAAUAUGUUUCAAUUUAGGAGUUAGCGUUCAUGAGAUCAUGCUGCUUCAGAAAAUCCAUUGUUUUAUUACCGUUUAAUUAUUGGUAUUAUUCAAUGAGUCAGAGUGGAACUUUUUCUUUUAAUAUCUUAGGUCUAUUCAACAAUUCGCUCUAUUAGCAGUAACUUUGUUGCUUGGACAAAAUUAAUAUCGACGAUGGAAGUAUAAUAAAAUAGUUUAUUUUUUAUUUUUAACAAUUUGCCUUCGUGAUAGUAGUUCCAAGCAAAUCAGUAUAGAACUUGGUUUCAAUUUUCUUUUUCACAUGAUAUUCUUGAUACUCCGUGGGACAGUGUAUAAAAUGAGUGAAUGAGAGUAAGUAUUCGUCUUUGCGAGCUUAAUCCAUCGUGGUCCCGCGUAUUUUUCUUUUUUAUUUUGACCCAUUGACGAUGGUACAAUCAUGAAGAAUAAGAGGCCACUUGUUUAAAUAAAAAUUAUUUUUGUCCAUUUGUUUUGACCCAUUGACAAUGGUACAAUCAUGAGGAAUAAGAGGCCACUUGUUUAAAUAAAAAUUAUUUUUGUCCAUUUGUUUUCUUGUCGACGUGAAAAACAGUGCCAUGGUUGUACACACAUAAAAGUCGUCUCAUGAACAAUAGGAAGACGGUACACGACCUCGAUGGAUUAAUAUAAUUAAUUAAGAAUUACGUUAUAGUAGUGUCUCGAUUUUGUUAAGCGAAACACGACAAUAUUAUCAAAAUGAUUCGAAGCGAUGCACGAAAAAUGCAAAGAGAAUAAGAAUGAGUUUCAGAAUCAAAGAAAGAGGAUUCGAAAGAGCAAUAAAUUUUGGGGAAAUAAUCGAUAUUGUAACAGAGAUGCAGUACACUGUUGGACGUUAUCAGAGGUGUUCAUAAAUAGGUACGCUAUAUAAACAAUUGAAUUUCAAGAUCAGAGCAAUAUAUUUUCUUAAAUUAUGAUUAAUGAUACUCUUUGCUCAGUGAAAAUUACAAGAACAAGAAAGGUCUGACGAUGAAGUAUACAUAUAUUAGAAGAGAUAUUUAUUAAUAUUUUCUUACGAUAAUUUUUAUAUUUUUUACUUGCAAUUCAUUGAAAUCAUUACUAUACAGUUCUUUGAAACUGUUGAAUGUCGAUUGUUAAACGAAAAAAAAAGAAAAAAUGAUGUGGCUCUCAAUAUUUCUCGACUCUCAUUCAAAAUCACAUAGACGUAUUCAAAUUCGCCCAAAAAGUAGAAAUUAUAUUUUGUUGUUUCGUUUUCGUUUCUCCACAAUUCGAGGAUGAAUUCGAAG